AAAGGCCAAGAAAACUCUGGCUGGGCCCCAGCUGCAGUUCACUCUGCUCCCCCUGGGUUGGAGCCCCCCGGAGCUGAGCUCUGGCUUGCCGCACGAAGCCGAGCGGACAGCGUCUCUCCCGCGCAGUCCUGCCUGCGCCAGGCGUCUCCGCGCUCCCGUCGCCCGAUCGCCGGCUUUCCAGGUCCCCGAGCCGCCCAGAGCACAGCCAUCUGGCCGGGACGACCUCAGCGCCGGCUGCCUCCCGCUUCCCCCGCUCCGCUCUCCGCCCCGAAGGGGUCGCGCGCCCACGAUGCCGCAGGGCCCUGGCUCACUGCUGCUGCUCUUCCUCGCCUCGCACUGCUGCUUGGGCUCGGCGCGCGGGCUCUUCUUCGGCCAGCCCGACUUCUCCUACAAGCGCAGCAACUGCAAGCCCAUCCCGGCCAACCUGCAGCUGUGCCAUGGUAUAGAGUACCAGAACAUGCGGCUGCCCAACCUGCUGGGCCACGAGACCAUGAAGGAGGUGCUGGAGCAGGCGGGCGCCUGGAUCCCGCUGGUCAUGAAGCAGUGCCACCCGGACACCAAGAAGUUCCUGUGCUCGCUCUUCGCCCCUGUUUGCCUCGAUGACCUGGACGAAACCAUCCAGCCGUGCCACUCUCUCUGCGUGCAGGUGAAGGACCGCUGCGCUCCAGUCAUGUCCGCCUUCGGCUUCCCCUGGCCGGACAUGCUCGAGUGCGACCGUUUCCCCCAGGACAACGAUCUCUGCAUACCCCUCGCUAGCAGCGACCACGUUCUGCCGGCCACCGAGGAAGCUCCAAAGGUAUGUGAAGCCUGCAAAAAUAAAAAUGAGGAUGACAACGACAUAAUGGAAACUCUUUGUAAAAAUGAUUUUGCACUGAAAAUAAAAGUGAAGGAGAUAACCUACAUCAACAGAGAUACCAAAAUCAUCCUGGAGACCAAGAGCAAGACCAUUUACAAACUGAAUGGUGUGUCUGAAAGGGACCUGAAGAAAUCGGUGCUGUGGCUCAAAGACAGCUUGCAGUGCACCUGCGAGGAGAUGAACGACAUCAAUGCGCCCUAUCUGGUCAUGGGACAGAAGCUGGGUGGGGAGCUGGUGAUCACCUCUGUGAAGCGGUGGCAGAAGGGGCAGAGGGAGUUCAAGCGCAUCUCCCGCAGCAUCCGCAAGCUGCAGUGCUAGUCUGCCCCCCAGGCUAGCUCCGGGGGUGCCCAGGAGACCCUCUCUGCUCUGGGUCCUCAGCUCUCAUUUCCCAAGCACAGGCCCUGUGGCUCCAGGCCUCAGCCUGGAGCAGCUUCCCUUGCCUUUUUGCACGUUUGCACCCCCAGCCUCUCCUGACUUACACGGCCUUAGGAGGCCUUGGGCAUGGAUAGCUGUUUUCACAUACAGGAAAACCCACCCAGAUCUUGUAGAAAUGUUCAAACUAAUAAAAUCAUGAAUAUUUUUAUGAAGUUUUUAAAUAGCUCACUUUAGUUUUGAAGAGGUACAACUGUGACUUGGGUCUGAUUUUUUUUGUCUGUUUUUCUGUUUGGUUUGGGUCAACCGAUUUUCACUUUCCACUGUUGUUGCCAUAACGUGCAAAUGGCUUCAUUCUUCUAUGUGCCCCAACUGUUGUGGGUCACAAACCUCCUUGAGAUAAAGCUGGCUGUUAUCUCGACAUCUCUCAGCUCCACCCUGAGACUGAGAACCUAAGCCUUAUAAUAAUUCACCUGUCAUUUUAAAUCCUGCAUUUCUGGGUAGAGUACUUCCAUUCAUCAAAAGCACAUUAACCAUCAUAGCAGGAGUUCUUUGGCUAAAGGGCAAAACAGACAGAUUUUAUAAUUCACCUGAGUACUUUAAGCUUUGUUUAAAACAUUUUUUUACUUAAUUUUGCAAAUUAAACCAUUGUAGCUUACCUGUAAUAUACAUAGUAGUUGACCUUAAAAAGUUGUAAAAAUAUUGCUUUAACCAACACUGUAAAUAUUUCAGAUAAACAUUAUAUUCUUGUAUAUAAACUUUACAUCCUGUUUUACCUAC